UCAGGAUGAAACAACCUGUAGUCUUUAAAAAUGGGAAUUAAUUUUGAGAAUUUUCCUUUUUCAAUGAAGUUAAAUUAGUUAUUCUUUUUAUCAAAUAAUAUUACCAAUAUUUUUAAAUAAGUAUAAUAAUUUGUCAAAAGGAGCUGACUUUGUCGUCAAUUAUAAACCGAACUUUUUUCGGAAAUAUACACGUAAUUGGCUCGAUAUAUAAUAAAUAAAAAAAUAUGAUACGAAUGAUACGAAAUACAAAUUGGCCACAAUAAAUAAUAAUUAUAAAGAACUAAUUUGAUAUAGAAAUUACGUCACAUUGUAAUAUAUAAGUACAAGUGAAUGUGUCGAAAAUGUAACACAAUUAAGGUUAAGAAAGGAAUUUAUUUUGAAGCAUCUACUUCUUAAAUUGUUAAAUAUUCUUCACUUUUGUUAGAAAAAAGUGUUCAUCGAAAUUAUAGUUGGCCAUUAAUUUAACAAGUUUCGUUCGAAGUGAUACGAAUUAGAAAAAAAUAAAAAAGAAAAUGACAACCGUAAAUAAGCCAUCAAAAGAACCGACACAAUCUGUGUGUGCACAGAUGGAAAGUUCGAUGACAGAUGGAAAUUCGAGAUGCGAAUCGCCGAAACGUGGUACAACACUUUCAACUAGUACCAGUAGUUUCGAAGCUCUUGAUCCUCAUGACCCAAAUUUAAGUCGUUUAGCUAAUACGAUGUUUCAAAAAACUGGCGAAUACUUGCAAGAAGAACUCACCGCUACUCACGCUGAUUAUCGACUACUGGAACGGUUAAAUAAAGAGACUAUCGCAAAGUAUACAGAAUUGAAGACAAUAUCGUCGAAUGUUUCAAUAUCAUUGGAUUCUUUAAAUGAAAAAUAUAAGAAUUUGCGGCCCAUAUUGGAAAAUAUUGAUCAAAUUGAUGAUAGUGUCAAUAAAUUGGAGCAAGCAGCUUAUAAACUAGAAGCAUAUUCUAAGCGAUUAGAGGCAAAGUUUAAAGAUCUUGAGAAGGAUUUAAAAAAGAAUGAAAAUCUUCAUGUUCUUAAACAAUGUAUAGACAAUGUGACAAAAGGUAACGUUAUGACUGGAAACAAGCCUACUUUAUAAUCAAAUCUUUUUCUGAUAUUAUUAUAUCGUAUAUUAGAUAUUUAAAAUUUAUUAAUAAAAAACAUUGUUAAUUUAAAAACAUUAAUAUAGCAUUGAUUGUGGAUGGAUAGUAAUUGUUAAUUUUGAGAUUUCUUAUUUUUAACUAAAAUUGAUGAAAUAUAUUUGUGCUUGAAUUUACUUCAAGAAAUUAAUAAUAAAUGAAGUUAAUGAGUAAUUACAAAGAAAUAACUUAUAAAAUUAAAGUACAUAGUUUAAUGGUAUUAGAAUAAUCAAUGGUGUUCACAUUUCCAUGUAAAUAAAAAAUAUUGAAAUGUCACAGAAAAUUGAAAUUUAGUAUUUCUACAGUUGUAUGUUUUAACACAUAUUUGUACACAAUUAUUAUAAGGUACUUAUAAAUAAUUAUGCACCAACGUUAACAAACUAUUUUAAUGCACUUAGCUUUUUCUUUUAUCUUAUAUUUUCAUACAUUCUUUGUAUAUAGGUGUCGAAAACAAUAUUUUAUUUCUUAUCUAACAAAAGAUCAUUCAACACAUUUUAAUAUAAUAACUAAGUUAUUUUCUAUAGAGGUCAUUUUUCUACUUAAUCAUCUAUGAUUUCGACUCUGCAUUUGAAAAACAAAAUAAGAAGAUAGACUUUCUGAAAAAAUUAUAGAAUGUUUUCAUUACUAUCUAAUAGAAAUUUAACCCAAGAAUAAAUAUUGUACUUAUAUUUAAUAAAAAGUAUAACAUGUUACUAUACAGAAUGUAAUAAAUGAUCAAAAUUCUUUGUCAUGAGAAAA